AUGACAGGCCCUUACAGCACCUAUGAAGACAGCCUGAAUUCCCUCUUUUCGGCUAUGUCAUCGGUUAAUGCUCCCCACAACAACGGAUUCUUUUACGACACGGCGGGCACUGACCUUCCUGAUAUAGCCUACGGCCUGUUCCUCUGUCGCGGUGAUGUUACCACAAACGAUUGUCAAGAAUGUGUGGAGACUGCUACUAGGGAAAUUCUACGGCGGUGCAACAACCAGAAAGACGCCAUAGUUUGGUAUUACAAUUGCUUCUUACGAUACUCAAACCAAUCUAUCGUCUCAAAUCUGGAUCAAUCACCUGUUUUUAUUAUGUCUAAUACUGCAAAUAUCACAGAAGUAGACAGGUUUAGGCAGGUGUAUCGAGAGAUGAUGGAUGACAUAGCCACGCNUUAUGAUGUAUAA